CAAACUCCACCAUCUCACGAGUCAUCCCCCAAUUCACAGCCCUAAUUCUAUAACUCCCUUCCCCAUCAACAACAAGCAUACAUGGCCUCUUUUAAGCCUUCCGUUGCGGUGGUCAACCCAAUCGACGGCGCCAAGGAUCGUCAUCUUGCUUUCGGCGAGGUUCACGUCAUCAUAGGUCCUAUGUUUGCUGGGAAGACCACUGCCCUCCUCCGUCGGAUCCGAUCAGAAAUCAACGACGGCAGGAGUGUUGCUAUGAUAAAAUCAAGCAAGGACACUAGAUAUGCGGUUGAUUCUGUGGUCACUCACGAUGGGAUUAAGUUUCCCUGCUGGGCACUGUCAGAUCUAACAGUGUUCCGAGAGAAAGUAGGAGAUGAUGCCUAUGAAAAGCUUGAUGUGAUUGGUAUUGAUGAAGCUCAAUUUUUUGGAGACCUAUAUGAUUUCUGCUGCAAGGCUGCUGACCAUGAUGGAAAAACUGUAAUUGUUGCUGGCCUUGAUGGUGAUUAUUUGAGAAGGAGCUUUGGUUCAGUUCUUGAUGUGGUACCCCUUGCUGAUACUGUGACCAAGUUGACAGCUCGCUGUGAACUCUGCGGCAAAAGGGCCUUCUUUACCUUUAGAAAGACGACGGCAAAACAGACUGAACUUAUUGCAGGAGCAGAUGUGUACAUGCCUGUCUGUCGCCAGCAUUAUGUUAAUGGGCAAGUGGUCAUUGAAGCUGCAAACAAUGCACUGGAAUGUCGUAAGACGCAGAGUGAAUCUCGUCUUGAGGCCGCUGUUGAGGCAACUGUAGCUAUCUAAAUGAUAUUUAUGGCUUAUUUACAGUUUACCAUGUUAUUUCUGCAGUUUGUACUUGUCCAACAUAAUAAGUUGGUUCUUCCAUGGCGUCUUUGAAAGAUAAAAUGUUCUUCUUAUCAUGUAUAUAAUGAAAUUUCUUUCGAAGCUUUUAUUCGGUA